AUGCCCGUGUCUACAAAAGUCGUGACCCUGAAUCAACUCCCGCCUCCUACACUGGGCAAGAUCACUCACUUCAGCAUUGAGCUACAGUUUGAGGAGGCUCUCUCUGUUGCCAAGGCCACAUGUGGGAACCCAAAGGCCGCUAUCAAGCUUUAUCUUGAAGCAAAAACCGAAAAAGGACAAUGGGAGAAAGCUUACACCGGUCUGUCCAAAAGCUGCACGCAUACAGGUCUUCAGCCCAGCAAGUUAUACUACUACAGGCUGAAGGUGGACCAUUCAUCAGUGAAAAGUGACUGGAGCGAUACAAUCACAGCCAAAACCCUAGCUGCACCAUAUACAGGCGAUGACUUACAUUCUGCAAUCCGGAGAGGAAAUAUAACGAAGGUCAAGGAAAUUCUGGAUUCUGGAGAUGUCCAUCCUGAUGCACAAGACGAGAAAGACUUUAGUGCACUUCUGGCUGCAGGCCUUCAAGAAAACGUGGAGCUAAUGGAACUGUUGCUAGAACAUGGUGCAGAUGUCAACAGGAAGGAUGCCGGAGGAAAGACUCCGUUGAUCCAUGCUGCCAGCAGGGACCUCUUAGAAACUGUCAAAUGGCUGUGUGAACAUGGAGCAGAAACACAAACACUGGAUAAAUCUGGCAUGGCUGCAAUCCACCACGCUGUGGAUGGGGGAUAUGUCAGAUUGGUUGAGUGGAUGUUGGAUAAUUCAGAAAAGUAUGGCUUUGAUAUUGAGCAGAUUGAAAAAUCAGGAGGGAUGACACCGCUAAACAGAUGUGCUAACAUGACUCCUGAUUCAAAGGCGUAUGAACUAGCUGCAAGUCUUCAGUUGAGAGGGGCUAACAUGUCAACAAAGGCCUACAACCAUUUCACUCCCCUGCUAAAUGCAAUUAUUAGAAGGAAACCUAAGUUGGUUGAAUUCUUUCUGGCAAGGGGUGCAGAUAUAUAUGAGCCCAAUGAGAAUGGACAAACACCGUAUGAUAUUGCACAGAGUGUUGGAAAUGAACAAAUCCUGCGAGCUUUUGAAAACAGGAUUCAACAGUUAAACAUGUUACCGAAACCAAAGAGGACAACAGCAUCCAGCAACGAGCUAGAGGUAUCAUAA